AUGUCAUUUGCUCAAAUAGUCAUCGGACCACCAGGAUCAGGAAAAUCUACAUAUUGUAAUGGUUGUUCUCAAUUUUUCAAUGCCAUUGGAAGACAUGGUCAAAUAAUCAAUAUGGAUCCAGCAAAUGAUUCAUUACCAUACCCAUGUGCCGUUGAUAUUCGAGAUUUUAUCACAGUAGAAGAAGUCAUGCAAGAACAACAAUUAGGACCCAACGGUGGAUUAAUGUAUGCAGUGGAAUCAUUAGAUAAAUCUAUCGAUCUUUUCAUCUUACAAAUUAAAUCAUUAAUUCAAGAGGAGAAAGCUUAUUUAGUCUUCGAUUGUCCUGGUCAAGUGGAAUUGUUUACUCAUCAUUCGUCAUAUUUUAAAAUUUUUAAAAAAUUAGAGAAACAAUUAAGUAUGAGAUUUUGUGUGGUUAAUUUGAUUGACUGUUAUUAUAUUACUUCUCCAUCACAAUAUGUUUCUAUUUUAUUGUUGGCUUUAAGGUCAAUGCUUAUGAUGGAUUUACCACAAAUUAAUGUUUUCUCAAAGAUUGAUAUGUUGAAAUCAUACGGUGAAUUGCCAUUUAGAUUGGAUUAUUAUACUGAAGUGCAAGAUUUAGAUUACUUAUUACCAUAUAUUGAAAAGGAAAGCUCUAGUGUGCUUAGUAAAAAAUAUAGCAAAUUGACUGAGACAAUAAGUGAAUUAGUUUCAGAUUUUAAUCUAGUGUCAUUUGAAGUAUUAGCAAUCGAUGAUAAACAAAGUAUGAUCAAUUUACAAGCUUCUAUUGAUAAAGCCAAUGGAUACAUAUUUGGAGCAUCAGAAGUUGGUGGGGAUACAGUAUGGGCAGAAGCAACUAGAGAAGGUGCAAUGUUGAUGAAUUAUGAUAUACAAGAUAGAUGGAUAGACAAUAAGGAACAAUACGACAAGGAAGAACAAGAAAGGCAAGAACAGAUAGAGAGGGAAAGACAAAUGCAAGAUAAGGAAAUCGAUGUAGAUAAUGAUGACGAAUGGGAAAGUGCAUUGAAAGACUGGGAAGAAAAACAAGGUACUAACUACGUAAGGUAG